AUGUCAGGAACGACCGAAUUUAUGCAGUUUGUAAACUACAUGCAAUGCUGUCUGUCAGACAAAAAUACGGCGAUUCUGACAAAUCUAUAUGUGAAUUUCACCCAGUAUCAACCGCCUAUCGGAUGCUGUAAUUUCGCAGAAAAAUUUAUAUUUUGGAAGCAGCUGUACGAUCAAUAUAACCUCGAGCAGGAAAAAAUUACCAACGCUAACCUUUUCGCAGCACCUACGCCACCAACGGACUCUCGUUUAAAACCCUCAAGAAACCAGCUACCCGACGACUUAACAAGUCUAUGUGACGAAAACGAUAUUGAACUGUUUCAAAAUUUUUCCCUAAAAAAUGAAGUUACCACUACUACUAUCUCUCCUACAACAACUACGCCGUCACCACAACCCACAAAUUGUGAUGAGACGCAGGACAUCGCUUACAACACCGACAACGAAAGUACAGCCAUUAUUACACCACUUGCUAUGGAAAAUAAUACUGGCGAUAUUAUCGAAAUAGUCAACGAAACUACAAUUACCGAACAAAACCCUCUAGCAGCAUCAUCCUCAUCCGAAGACGAAGAAAAAGCACCGCCAAAUUAUGAAAGAUCCCCAAGUCGUGGUAAAAAUAUUGAACAAUUAAAGGCAAUUUACAACAAGGAAGAGACCGUCGUCGCCACCGCAACAAAAUCAAAACAAAGUAAACCGAUACCCGUCCCUCGAAAGCGAAAGAGACCCGCCGCUAACACUGAAGGGCCUGGACCCGGAAGACCGACCAAAGAUUCGGCGUUGCUGCGCGACACGAAAAGUGGCGAAGCCGAUGGUGAUGAUACAUUCGCAAUUCGCGAAGUAGCGCUUUUUUUGGGGAACGGUUCAGUUCGGAAAAAGGCAAAGCUGUUAACAAAGCAUGACAAGGACAUUAAAUGCUUUGCAAUAAAGCACUAUGCGCCGCUCGAAUUCAUUGCAGAGGAGAAGGUAAAAGCCUUUGGAAAGAUAAAGGAACAAAGACACAAACUAAAAGUACUGAAUUAUAUGGAACAAAAUGUACUUGCAAACCUGCAAGAAAUACAAAACUUUUAA